AUGAGACACCAGUACUAUCAGGCACAACCAAUGUAUUACCAACCACAACCGCAACCCAUCUACAUACAACAAGGGCCACCACCGCCAAGAAAUGAUUGCUGUUGCUGUUGCAAUUGUGGCGACUGCUGCUCAGCCAUUGCUAACGUUUUGUGUUGCCUCUGUUUAAUCGAUAUAUGUUGUGGCUGCAUGUGA